GCGUCCGUGAGAUCCCCGUAGUUGCUGCUUCGUCUUGGGUGGGGUGCUGUCCUUCGGCGAGCCCAUAAGGUCACCUUUCUUCAAGCUUAACUCGUGCUCAAAGCACGGAGAAGUCGCAGCUUUUUUCAGCAAAAAAGUAAGGCACAUCUCGGCAUCAAACGAGAGUUCACACCGACGGAAGCGGCUCGGAGAUGACGUCACGCGUCUACGUUGGACGCCUCAACUACGAAGUUCGGGAGCGAGAUCUGGAGCGCUUCUUCAAGGGCUUCGGUCGGAUCCGCGAGAUCAGCAUCAAAAAUGGCUUCGGCUUUGUGGAGUUUGACGAUCACAGGGAUGCGGAUGACGCUGUGUACGAGCUGAACGGGAAGGAGCUACUAGGGGACCGGGUCUCUGUAGAGUUGGCUCGUGGAAUCCGGCGUGGAGCAGACUACUAUCGCUCACGUGCUGCAUCCAGAUCCCCGCCAAGGCGUCGCUAUGGUCCUCCUACGAGAACAGAGUACCAGCUGACAGUUGAGAACUUGAGCAGCCGUGUGAGCUGGCAGGACCUGAAAGACUACAUGCGGCAAGCCGGCGAGGUGACCUAUGCAGAUGCCCAUCGCCUUCGCCGCAAUGAAGGAGUUGUCGAGUUCGCCACUUAUUCGGACAUGAAGAACGCACUUGACAAGUUGGACAACACUGACCUCAGUGGACGUCGAAUCCGCCUCAUCGAAGAGAAGAGGCGCAGCAAGUCUCGUUCUCGGUCGCGCUCCCGCUCUAGGCGCCGCCGCAGCCCAAGCAGAUCUCGUUCAAGGAGCCGUCGCCGUAGCCGUUCCCGCAGUCCAGUCAAGCGCAGGUCUCGUUCCAGGUCUAGGUCCAGGAGUGCCAGCCGCCGGGGUCGCAGCCGAUCAAGGUCCAGGAGUGCUAAGAGACGAAGCCAUUCCCGGACACCCGUCAAGCGCCGAUCGCGGUCUGCAUCUCGCUCACGAUCGCGCUCCCGGAGCCCGGCCCCGAAGCGACGAGCCUCCAGGUCUGCCAGUCGGUCACACUCGCGAUCCCGCUCCAAGUCAAAAUCGAAGUCUAAGAGCAAGUCUCGCAGCCGCAGCAAGUCUCCGGAGACCAACAACCGCCACCACUCAGCUUCUCGCUCCCGGUCCAGGUCCCACUCUCGGUCGCGGUCCAAGUCCCCGAUCAAGAACAACAAGGACAACUCCGAUGACAGCAGUCAAGGCCUAUGGUUAGCAAUCUGCGGCGCUAAUUAUUUUCGCUUCGCGAUGUCCCAGAGAAGAAACGAGGCGGCCAUGACGACCCGGGUGUUCAUCGGACACCUCAGCUACCAGGUGCGCGAGAAAGACGUGGACCGCUUCUUCAAGGGCUACGGGCGCGUCGGUGACAUACACCUCAAGAACGGCUUCGGAUUUGUGGAGUUCGAGGAUCACAGAGAUGCUGAUGAUGCCAUCAAGGAUCUCAACGGCAAGGAGCUGCUUGGCGAAAGGGUUUCCGUGGAGCUGGCACACGGAAGUCGGCGUGGACCGGGGGGCAGGAUCCUUGCACCGGGUUCACGGGACUGGAGGUCGCCGCCAGGAGGUGGAGGAGGGGGCCGCUACCAGAGUGGCUCCAGGGACAGUAGGUUUGGCCCUCCGGUGAGGACCAACUACCAGCUGGUCGUCGAGAACCUGAGCAGCCACGUCAGCUGGCAGGACUUGAAAGACUACAUGCGCCAAGCGGGCGAGGUGACCUUCACUGAUGCGCACAGCAACCGGCCGAACGAAGGGCUUGUCGAGUUCUCCAACUAUGCGGACAUGCGGAAUGCCCUUUCCAAGCUGGACAACACUGACCUGAGUGGUCGCCGGAUCAAGUUGUACGAAUCUAAGAAGAGCCGCGCGUCAAACAGGUCCCGCUCAAGGUCCCGCUCCCGAUCUCGUUCCAGGUCCCGCCGCUCGACCUCGGACUCACGUUCGCGCUCCCGCUCCAGGUCCCGCUCUCGCUCCCGGUCAGCGUCCAAGUCCCCGCCACGCAGGAAGAGCCGCUCCGACAGCCCGCGCAACCGCUCCCGCUCCAGGAGCCGGAGUGGAUCGCCACCGCAGCGGCGCCACUCGGCCUCCAAGUCGCCGCCUUCCAAGCGGAACAGCCCAGACGACUGA